GUUCCCAAAAAAAUCGAAAUCCCUAGAAGAGAAGAAAUCAGUAGUGUGGGGCGUGGCUCAUCGAUCCACUGGUCCUCCAUGGAUUCCUUCGGCAAUGACGAAUUCCCAAAGUUGACCUAUUAUGAAGGCAUCUACUGCGACAGCUGCCGGAAAAUGGCCAAGACGGAGAUGAAAGAAGAGUACGACGACGACGAUUACGUUUACGAGGACGACGAUUUUGGUGGCGAUAACACGCUAAAGCUACGUAUGAUCCACUACAGGAGGAACGUGGCGUUAAAUGGUCCUUUUUAUGCGGAUUGCCCUCCAAGUUAUCCGAGCGUGGGUUUGCUACCACACUCUCGAUACCAUUUUAAAAAUGAGCCGGAGUUUGAAGAGACCGUUGAGGACUGCGCCGAGUUCGCGAUCGAGACAUAUAAUGAAAAGAUGGGUACUGAGAUGGAGCUUCGUGGGAUUGAGAAUGUCUCUUGUGAAGGUUUUGCUAGGAGGAGAUUGUAUAUGAUUCUUCGUUGCUGCAUUAAUGUUGGUAGCUCCAGCCCUGACGAUGAUGGUAAACAAAAAAGGAGCUCCGAGGUGAGUGACGACGGAAUUGACAAGACUUACAGAGUUGUGGUUUCCUGUUGCUGGUGGAGAAAGUUGUACAAGGAAGUUUUGGUAUUCAAGGACUGCCAUGGGAACAGUACGUUUUUGCCUAAUUACCUCGAUCUCUUCAGUGCUUGAUUUUCCGUUGAUUGACAUGGAGAAUAAUAUAUGUGGUCUUACGUACUACUUUUGUAUAUGGAUGGACUUGUACGAUUUAGUUCCAUUAUAUAUUAUACCCGGUUGCUUUGCUUGGGU